GUAAUCAAGGAACUCCUCCGUCAAAACCAACGCAGCAGGGGGUCAACGCAGGAGGAGGAAGAUUACCUCGACCGAUCCUAAAGUCGUGAUGGAGGCAGAGGUCAUUGCAGUGGAGCCUGGGGCAGGUGGAGAGCCGCAGCCACAUGGGGGAGAUGUGGGAAUGGUGGGGGAGGACGAGGUAAUCCCGCAAGGAGCCACAACGCCGCAGAUAGAAAGAGAGGAAGAGGGGAAGGAACAAAACCGCUCUCCUCCUCCAGCUCAUACCAAUUAUUGGGCGCCGCAAUGGGCGGAGGAAGAAAGAGUACGGGAUAUGUUGCCGAAAUGCUACGACGACGUGGGGAUUGUACCGUCUGGCUGGGAUAUUGGGGAACUUAGGGAAGAUGGGACCAAGGCACACUUCAUCCUGAACCCGUCCUUGGACGAGAUCAAGAUAAAGUGGCUCAAAGAACGAACCGUAACAGUUAUCUUCCAAGAAGGUUCAAAGAACCUGCCUAAGAAACUCAAGGAAGAAGUGAUUAGAGUCUUCGAGGAUAUCUGGCUAGGGGAGAAGAGGUUUGAUGAAGCAAUAACAAGAGGCCGCGUGUAUAGAGUAACUCACGAGGGUCGGGGAAAGACCUCAGUACAGGGAGAAGUGAUGGGAGGAGGAGGACACUUUGGAGGGGAUCGGCGAUCACGAGAACAAGGAUCAUGUACGGAGGGCGAGAGUUUAGGAGUUGGCACGUCGGGCACCAAGGAGCAGAAGGGGGAGACACGACUGAGAGCAGAACUUAAGCCAACCAAAUUACGACGCAGAGUAAGUGAGGACAUGCACGAACUUAGAAUUCAAGAGGAAGCGGAAGGCGAGUCCUCCUCAAACUCAGAGGUAGUGGAACGUGAGAUCAUAGGGAUGGAUGGGGCAGGCUCCACCUCACCCCCGACGGCGAUGAAGAGAAGACGACAACUUAUAGCAUCGAGAACGAAGGACAUCACCUGGAAAAAAUACCUGAUGCCACUUCUCUUUAUAGCAGUACAGGAAGAAAUCUUCGAACUGGCAUAGACAGUCUCUCAAACGGAAACGGCUCUACCUUCG